UAAAGCUUUUAAACAAGAAAACUGUCGGCACGCAACUAUUUCUUCAUGAAUACACGAGCAGUGAGAUUAUUUCGUGUAUCUCUGUACAAUGUGACCCAAAUCCUGGUGUGUAUCAACUAAAGACUGGCUUUGACGUCAAAAUGUAAAUACGGUGUCUACAUCCAUUCACGUUUUAGAAAAGGUAAAUAAAUCGCUAACACUUCUCGGAUUAAGCCCGAUUAUUACGGCACAACCGUCGAUAAAGCCGUGUGCACUUUAUGUACAUUUGUACUGCGCCGUGGCGGAAAUGGCAAAUCUACGAGAAGGAAAACUGUACAAACUCCUUAAAGAAUCAGAUGACGAGGAGGAGGUGUUUGAUGCGUGUUAUAACUAUGCAUACAGUGGGAAGGACUUAAACGCACGGGAUGAGAAGACGGGGGAGAGUUUCAUGCACCUUCUAGCGGAGGAGAUCCGCCACUUUAUCAGCGCCCGAGGGGUUGGUAUUAUAUAUUUGAUGGCGUGUAAAGGUGUUGAUUUGGACAUUGCAGACGUUAAUGGGGACACAUUUCUACACAAGAUCUGUCGGAAACCGCACACUCAUCGUGUGUUGGUCUCUGUCAUUCGGAGCGGGGCGGAUCCAUUAAUUCAAAACAAGAAGAAGCAGACGCCUGGCGAUGUUUUACUGGAGGAGAAACCAGAGGGCUGGGAGGAGGCACUACAUUACUACAACAUGUUCAAACCCGGAUUAUACCGCGCUUUACAGGAGGAUAAUCCGGACAGAGAACUCAUUAGACGUCUUCUAAAGUUCUGGUGCCGUGUAACCGUGGUUAAGAACUGCAGGACGGUACACCUUAAAUCCCGCCUACUGGACACGGCCUAUGGACGGAGUCUGGUAGAAUUGAUAGAGGAGUACGAAAAUACGAACGAAUUCAUUCCUGCUUUACUGGAGUGCGAAGCCAAGCUAAUCAGGCAGUGGAUAAAAGACCAGAUUAUUGUCAAUAUAAAUGUCAAUACCAAAGACUACAGUUACCAAUUUGAGGCCCCUAAUACCCCUGUAGCGCCACGCCCACUUUUAGUGGCUGUCUGGGAGACGAGGUGUCUAGAAACGGUGGAUAUAAUGAUGGAGCUAGGAGCGAACACUAGCGUCCUGUUCUCAUCCGAACCCGACAAAGAAAAACCCAAACCCCUCUUUUUCCAUGUCCUGGGUGGUCCAUUCAAACCAACUGAUGAAAUUGCCUUCCGGAUAUUACGUGGUUCGAACUUCAACGUCAGAGAUCUCAAUGGGAGGACAAUUUUGUUUGAGGCAAUAUCACAAGAUUCUUCAGAGGUGAUGGUUGAUUUCCUACUUAGUCAAGGCAUUCGGAUAGGAUUGCGCGACAAGUAUGGUUUUACGGCGUAUGAAUUUGCCAAGAAAGAGAAUAAAAUCCGGUACUGUAAAGUCUUUGACAAUCACGUGAUCAACCUCGUUCGGGAUUGUGACAUGUCACGUGUUGAAGAUUUGAUUCUACUAGGAUAUGACAGGGUUAUGAAAGCAAAGGAUAAAGACGGAGUUACGGCCCUUGGGAUCGCUAUGAAUAGUGAUUCUACUCAACUGAGAGAGACGUUCAACAAAUUCAAUGAUGUUCAGGAACACAUAUCCAAACUAUUCCACACUACACACGAAUGUGAUCUACAGCAACUGAUGAAAUUAUUAGGGAGGAAGUAUUACUGUGCCCAAGACAUCUGUGGGCGGAACGUCCUACACAUAGCCGUAAUGCAGGGAUCUAAAUCGAUCGUGGAAUAUCUUUCAACUCACUACCCGCAACUCCUAAACAUGCAAGACAACUUAGGACGAACACCUUUGCACUAUGCAGAAAUCUUCUUAGAAGGUGAUGACGUCAUAGAUCACAUGGUCGAUAAGGGAGCAUCACUAGAAGUCAAAGAUGUGCAAGAGCGAACCAGCGCGGAUUAUCAGUGUGAAGCCAUCGGGCAGCGGGCAUUCUUAGCACUGAAGAGGGAGAUUUUGGAAUUUAGAAUGGAUGUGUUCUUAGCCCAAACGGACUUUGAUCGGUCAUUCAAGGAGGCCCUAAAGAUAAAUGACUUACCGAAGAUAAAAGAGCUGGUCAAAGGUGUGCUGAAAUAUGGGAACUUAAACCGAUAUAGUCACGUGCUCUUUGACUGCGUGGACAAAGGACAAGAGGAUAUUGCGGUGUACCUGAUUGAGCAAGGCAUGAACACGGGUAUUUACAAGCAGUAUCAGGCAUGUAUACCCAGCGAUAUUGAUUGUGCAGUCGGGGAAUGCAACCACACAGUGACGUCAUUCAAAGAGCGCGUAAUCAGCAACAAAAACAGACGUGUUAUGAACGCCAUGAUGGAAACAAGCAGCAAAGCGGAACAGGUCACAAAGCAGAGAGGUGUUGCCCCAGGGGUCCAGGCGUUCAAUGUGUUUGGCUUGGUGUGACACGAGAUAAAGACCAGUUAUUUUUAUGAACAUUGUACAUGCAUGUGUCAAUUUCAACUUGGUCCAUCAAAUAAAAAUUACAAUGGUU